AUGUCUAUCUCUGAACAAGAAGUGAAACAGCAGGAGCCCUUAGAUUUGGUGCGGUUUCAAUUGGACGAGACUGUGUUAGUAAAGUUGAGAGGUGCUCGUGAGAUGAAAGGAAAAUUGCAAGGAUACGAUUCACACUGUAAUAUGGUUUUAAGUGAUGCCGAAGAAAUGAUAUAUACAGAUGGUGAUGUAUCACCGGUGAUAAAUAAAACUGGAAUGGUAUUUGUUAGAGGGGACUCUGUUAUUUUAAUCAGUCCUAUCGUCGAGUAA